AUUUCCUCGCGAGCCGAACAGGAAAUCACAGCGAUACAGCAAAUUCAAUAGGCUUCUGAUGCAGUGAAAGAGCGUAAAUCACAGUCAUCAUCGUUAAUCGCAGCACAAUGGGGAGAGAAACGGAAAUCCUCUCUCGCCUUGCCGCGAACCAUCUUCACUUGGCUCAAUUCGAACCCUUACGAGGCGUUCUUCUCGCACUCCGAACGCGAAACCGUGACCUAGCUCGCGGUAUUCUCCAAACCAUCGUUGCUCGAUCGGGUCGGUUCCCGAACAUCGCGUGGUCCCCUUCGUGUUCCUCUCCCGCUCUUCUCUCAUUCUUGUCCACGCUCGAAUUGUUGCAAUUGGACAAUGCUUCUUCGGCCUGGAAUUUUGACCCCGAAACGCUGCGUUUACGCGCUGAAUUCUUGCUAUUAGUUCAAGAUUUAAUUGACCUGGUUUCGGAGGAGGAUAAAGAUGAUGGUGAGUGGGGAAGGUGUAGGAGAGUUUUGGAUGGGGUUCUGGAAUUGGGUGUGAAGAGGUUGAGAGUGGAUGUGGAUGGUGAAAUCGAUAGGAGUGAGACUUGGGUAAGUGCCGGUGUGGCUUCGGUUGAGGAAGGAGAACUGAUGAGUUUGAGGAAGUUGAUUUUGGAUCAUGCGGGUAUUUUUGACGCAUUAUGUGUGAAUAUACACAGGCAAAUUAGGCAUUGGGAGUGUAAGGAUUCGGGUUUAGCGAUUGCUGUGAAGGGAAAUGAGGAAUUGGAAGAGGAUGCUAGGUUACUUUGUGGGAUACAGCGGAUUGCUCAGGUUGUUCAUUUGGAUGCUAUGAGGGAGAGCAUGGAAGUGGGUGAUGCAGAAGGGGCUGCUUCUCACGUACGAUUUCUCCAUUUUGAUUAUGGACUUGAGGAGCAAUCCGAGUACCGCUUAGUUUUGAAAGAUCUCCUGAAGGUUGUCCUAUCAAGAAGUGAGAAGUUUGGGGACUCUUGGCUUAUCAUGCGUAACCAAUUGCUUCAGAUUUAUAGUGAAGCCCUUUCGUCAAAUUGCAGAGAUAUUGUUCAAACAUUGCAGAGAAUUCAUGAUGAGCUAUUGUCUGAAGAGAUUAAAAUGGAUAGAGUUCAAACUGAAAACUUCAUUCCACGUCCUCUCGUACAUCUUCAAAGAUACCUGGCAGAACUGAAGCCUGGGAAGAAUUCAGAUGAUAAGGCAUUAUUCCUGAAUGAGGUAAUUAGAUCUUGCAAGACAGAGAUGUAUCAUUAUGCUCGUGUUUCUGGACUGCAUGUUCUUGAGUGUAUUAUGGAUACUGCCCUGUCUGCUGUGAAGAAGGAGCAGCUGGAAGAAGCUAGCAAUGUCCUCCAAUUGUUUCCACAACUUCAGCCUUUGGUAGCGGCCAUGGGUUGGGAUUUAUUAGCUGGUAAAAUAGCAGCACGGAGGAAAUUAAUGCAGCUUCUCUGGACAAGUAAGUCACAAGUAAUUCGGCUUGAAGAAUCUUCUCUUUAUGGUAUUAAAUCGGAUGAGAUGUCCUGUGUAGAGCAUCUAUGUGAUACCUUGUGUUACCAGCUUGAUCUUGCCUCUUUUGUUGCUCACGUGAAUUCUGGCCAGUCUUGGAAUUCAAAGUUGUCAUUAUUACUUUCUGGAAAAGAACAAGUGGCAUUUAGAGAUGAAGAUGCUUAUUCUGAUCCUUUUGUUGAGAACUUUGUAUUGGAACGACUUUCAGUCCAGAGUCCUCUUCGGGUGCUAUUUGAUGUAGUUCCAGGCAUAAAAUUCCGGGAAGCCAUUGAAUUGAUCAGUAUGCAGCCAAUUGCUUCUACUAUUGAAGCCUGGAAGAGGUGUCAAGAUAUAGAACUCAUGCAUAUGCGUUAUGCUCUAGAAUCAGCUGUUAUUUCCUUAGGAUCAAUGGAAAGGAGUAUGUCUGAUGAAGUAGAAACUCAUCAAGAUGUGCCAUUAUUUCAGUUGAAGGACUUGCAGAACCAUUUGGAUGCAAUUAGUAAUCUUCCACGCAAGAUCUUGAUGGUGAAUGUCAUAAUUUCGCUACUGCAUAUGGAUAAUAUCUCUGUUAAUUUGAUGCAUUGUGAAUUACCAGGAAGCAAUUUUAAAUUAUCCAAUACAUGCUCUUCACAAGAUAGUUCUUCAAGUAGAAGUGAAGGGGGGAAUAAAAUGGUUAUUUCUUUCACUAGUUUGCUACUUGAUAUAUUGCAUCAUAAUAUUCCAUCCUCUAUGAUUGAAUUAGAGCAUGCACUAGAUGAUGGUGUUAGCACAACCAGCAGACAGGCCCUUGAGUGGAGAAUCUCAAUCUCAAAGUGUUUCAUUGAAGAGUGGAAAUGGCGUUUGUCAAUUUUGCAGCAUCUCCUACCGUUAUCUGAACGGCAAUGGAGAUGGAAGGAGGCAUUGACAGUGUUACGUGCCGCUCCAUCCAAGCUACUCAACCUUUGCAUGCAGAAAUCAAAAUUUGAUAUAGGGGAAGAAGCAGUUCAUCGAUUUUCAUUAUCUGCUGAAGACAAAGCUACUCUUGAGUUAGCUGAAUGGGUAGAUAGUGCCCGCAAAAAAACAUCUGUUGAUGAUGUUAUGUCCCGUGUACAGGAUCUAGAUUUUUUGUCAUUGCGCUCCCAGUUGGGUCCCUUGGCUACAAUUCUUCUCUGUAUAGAUGUUGCUGCAACUUCAGCUAAGUCUGCAAUGAUGUCUCAACAACUAUUGAAUCAGGCCCAAACUAUGUUAUCUGAGAUAUAUCCAGGAGGAUCUCCCAAAGUUGGAUCCACUUAUUGGGAUCAGGUCCUUGAAGUGGGAGUCAUCUCUGUGUCUCGGCGUCUUCUGAAACGCUUACAUGAGUUCUUGGAGCAGGACAAUCCUUCAGCACUCCAGGCAAUCCUAUCUGGGGAUAUUGUCAUCAUGUUGUCGAAAGAGUCCUAUCGGCUAGAACAGAGAGAGCGUGCUCUUGCUUUGCUACAUCAGAUGAUUGAAGAUGCUCAUAUGGGCAAGCGGCAGUUUCUGAGUGGUAAGCUUCAUAACCUUGCACGAGCUGUUGCUGAUGAAGAAACUGAAUCGAGUACUACUAGAGGUGAAGGAUUAUAUGCUGAUCGGGGUGUUAUUUCCAACAAUGAUAAAGACAUUGUACUUGGGCUUGGGUUAAGAGUUGUUAAACAAAUACCUUUAACUUCAACUGGAGGAGAGUCUGGCUUGCAGUCUGCUGGUUAUGAUAUUAAAGAUUCCGGGAAGAGAAUAUUUACUCCCUUGAGUGGCAAACCUAUGACAUAUCUGUCACAAUUCAUUCUUCAUGUUGCUGCAAUUGGUGACAUAGUUGAUGGGACUGAUACUACUCAUGAUUUUAACUUUUUCUCCGUCGUUUAUGAGUGGCCUAAGGAUCUUUUGACCCGUCUUGUUUUUGAAAGAGGCAGUACUGAUGCAGCUGGGAAGGUAGCUGAAAUUAUGUGUUCUGAUUUUGUACACGAGGUGAUUUCUGCAUGUGUGCCACCGGUUUAUCCGCCUAGAGCUGGACAUGGAUGGGCAUGCAUUCCAGUUGUUCCUACAUUCACUAAGAGCUUCUCUGAAAGUAAAGUGCUGUCUCCCUCAUCCAAAGAUGCUAAGCCUAAUUGCUAUUCUCGUUCUUCAGCCACACCUGGAGUGGCUUUGUACCCUCUCCAGUUGGAUGUGGUGAAACAUUUGGCAAAAACAUCCCCAGUGAGGGCUGUCUUAGCAUGUGUAUUUGGGAGCAGUAUACUGUACAACAGUAGUAGCUCUUCAAUUUCAAGCUCCUUGAGUGAUGGAUUACUUCAGGCUCCAGAUGCUGAUCGGUUGUUUUAUGAGUUUGCUCUUGAUCAAUCUGAAAGGUUCCCAACUUUAAACAGAUGGAUACAAAUGCAAACUAACCUCCAUCGAGUGUCAGAAUUUGCUGUAACUGCUAAUCAAACAGCUGAUGAUGACAAUCUUGAAGCAAGAACUUCUGUUAAGAGAGUUCGUGAACAUGACACUGAGACAGAAUCAGAGCCUGAUGAAAUUGUUAGUGGCAGUGCAAUCCCUGUAGCUCUGGCAGACCUAAAUAGCCAAGGGAUUGAAAACACAGACUUCUGGCGUGAUUCCUCAAAAUCUGAAGCUGGUCAACUCGACACCACAGUUUUCCUUUCUUUUGAUUGGGAUAAUGAAGAACCAUAUGAGAAGGCAGUGGAACGACUAAUUGAUGAAGGAAAGCUAAUGGAUGCUCUUGCACUUUCGGAUCGCUUUAUACGUAAUGGAGCCUCUGAUCAGCUACUUCAAUCAGUCAUUGAACGUGCAGAAGAAAUCCAUUCAAAUUCCAUACAGCGUCAAGGAUUUGGAGGACGUAAUAUUUGGAGCAAUAGUUGGCAGUAUUGCUUAAGGUUGAAGGACAAACAACUGGCUGCUAGAUUAGCCCUUCGGUAUGUGCACUCAUGGGAAUUAGAUGCUGCUUUGGAUGUUCUCACAAUGUGCAGCUGCCAUCUACCUGAGAAUGAUUCUAAUAUGAAAGAGGUUUUGCAAAUGAAACAAGAUUUACUGAGGUACAGCCACAUAUUAAGUGCAGAUGAUCAUUAUACAAGCUGGCAAGAGGUUGAAGCAGAUUGCAAGGAAGAUCCAGAGGGGCUGGCACUUAGGUUAGCUGGAAAAGGAGCUGUUUCUGCUGCACUAGAAGUGGCAGAAAGUGCAGGAUUAUCAAUUGAUUUACGGAGAGAAUUGCAGGGCCGGCAGCUUGUGAAGCUUCUAACAGCUGAUCCUCUUAAUGGUGGAGGACCAGCCGAAGCCUCACGCUUUCUUUCUUCGUUACGGGACACAGAUGAUGCUCUGCCAGUUGCUAUGGGUGCAAUGCAACUUUUACCCAAUUUGCGGUCAAAGCAACUUCUUGUUCACUUCUUCUUGAAGCGGAGAGAAGGGAAUCUGUCAGAUGUGGAGAUUUUCCGCCUUAAUUCGUGGGCUUUAGGGCUUCGUGUGCUGGCUGUCUUGCCGGUGCCAUGGCAGCAAAGGUGUUCUUCCCUGCAUGAGCAUCCUCAUCUGAUUCUGGAAGUGCUGCUGAUGAGGAAACAAUUGCAAUCUGCUGCUCUGAUAUUGAAGGAAUUUCCUUCUUUACGAGACAAUCAUGUAAUUACUACAUAUGCAACUAAAGCUAUCGCUGUCAGUAUCAGCUCGCCUCCUAGGGAACAUCGUAUAUCUGUCUCAGGAUCCAGACCAAAGCAGAAGGCAAGAUCAGGUGCCCCACAGAGGUUGUCUUUUACGAGCAGUCUAAGUAACUUACAGAAAGAGGCUCGGAGAGCUUUUUCAUGGGCUCCAAAAAAUACAGUGGACAAAAAUGCUCCAAAAGAUGUUUAUAGGAAAAGAAAAAGUUCUGGUUUGUCUCCCUCUGAUAGAGUUGCUUGGGAAGCAAUGACUGGAAUUCAAGAGGAACGUAUUUCAUCUUUUUCAACAGAUGGGCAAGAGCGGCUUCCUUCUGUUUCAAUUGCUGAGGAAUGGAUGCUUACAGGAGACCCACUAAAAGAUGAAAUCAUUCGUUCAUCUCACAGAUAUGAAAGUGGCCCUGAUAUUACACUGUUCAAGGCACUGCUUGCUCUUUGUUCUGAUGAAUCAGCCUCUGCCAAAAUUGCCCUUGACUUGUGCAUUAAUCAAAUGAAGAAUGUCUUAAGCUCUCAGCAGUUGCCUGAGAAUGCAUCUAUGGAAACAAUUGGACGAGCAUAUCAUGCCACAGAAACAUUUGUCCAGGGUCUACUUUAUGCCAAGUCCCUGCUAAGAAAGCUCACUGGUGGUAGUGACUUGCCAAGUAAUUGGGAAAGAAAUAGAGAUGCUGAUGACACAUCAUCUGAUGCUGGUAGCUCUAGUGUGGGUAGUCAAGCCACAGAUGAGCUAUCCGAAGUCUUGUCACAGGCAGAUGUUUGGCUGGGACGUGCAGAGCUACUUCAAAGCCUUUUGGGAUCAGGGAUUGCUGCUUCUCUUGAUGACAUUGCUGAUGGAGAGUCGUCUGCCCAUCUUUGUGACAGGUUGGUUGUGGAGGAAAGGUACAGCAUGGCUGUGUAUACUUGCCGAAAGUGUAAGAUUGAUGUUUUCCCAGUGUGGAAUGCAUGGGGUCAUGCAUUGAUUCGGAUGGAGCGCUACGGACAUGCUCGAGUGAAAUUUAAGCAAGCUCUUCAGUUGCACAAGGGUGAUCCUGGACCUGUGAUUUUAGAGAUUAUUAAUACAAUUGAAGGUGGCCCACCAGUUGAUGUUUCUGCUGUUCGUUCUAUGUAUGAACACCUAGCUAGAAGUGCACCUACAAUCUUGGAUGAUUCUCUUUCUGCUGAUUCAUAUCUCAACAUCUUAUACAUGCCAUCAACAUUUCCCCGUUCAGAGAGGUCAAGACGAUCACAAGUGUCUGCAAAUAAUAAUUCUGUAUAUAGUCAAGACUUUGAAGAUGGUCCUCGGAGUAACCUGGAUAAUGUUAGAUACACUGAAUGUGUUCAUUACCUACAAGAGUAUGCACGCCAGCAUUUGCUUGGUUUUAUGUUUAGGCAUGGUCACUACCAUGACGCUUGCUUCUUGUUCUUUCCUCCUGAUGCUGUCCCACCACCACCACAGCCAUCAAUCAUGAGUGGAGUGUCUUCUUCAUCACCCCAAAGACUAGAUUCUUUGGCCACUGAUUACGGAACAAUGGAUGAUCUGUGUGAAUUGUGCAUUGGUUAUGGUGCUAUGCCUAUUUUGGAGGAAGUCAUUUCAACUAGAAUGUCGUCUAGUAAAUCCCAGGAUCCAGUGGUGAAUCAGUAUACAGCAACAGCCCUUGCCCGUAUCUGCCUCUAUUGUGAAACUCACAAACAUUUUAAUUAUUUAUACAGGUUUCAGGUAAUUAAAAAGGACCAUGUUGCUGCUGGACUCUGUUGUAUUCAGUUGUUUGUUAAUUCUUCUUUGCAAGAGGAAGCCAUUAGACAUUUGGAAAAUGCUAAGAUGCAUUUUGAUGAAGGGUUGUCUGCAAGGCACAAAGGUGGGGAAUCUACCAAGCUUGUCACAAAAGGUCUUAGAGGAAAAAGUGCCUCCGAAAAGCUUACCGAAGAAGGCCUUGUCAAAUUUUCUGCUAGGGUAUCAAUCCAGGUUGAAGUUGUUAAAUCCUUUAAUGACUUAGAAGGACCGCAAUGGAAACAUUCACUUUUUGGGAAUCCAAAUGAUCCUGAAACUUUUAGACGAAGGUGUAAAAUUGCAGAGGUUCUUGUUGAGAAGAAUUUUGAUUUAGCUUUCCAAGUGAUCUAUGAAUUCAGUCUUCCUGCUGUUGAUAUAUAUGCUGGUGUUGCUGCAUCUCUUGCUGAAAGAAAAAGAGGCAGCCAAUUGACAGAAUUCUUUAGAAACAUCAAGGGGACCAUAGAUGAUGAUGACUGGGACCAGGUCUUGGGUGCUGCAAUAAAUGUAUAUGCCAACAAGCAUAAAGAGCGCCCAGACCGUCUGAUCGACAUGUUAACUAGCAGCCACAGGAAGGUUCUUGCUUGUGUUGUUUGUGGUCGUUUAAAAAGUGCAUUUCAAAUUGCUUCACGGAGUGGAAGUGUGGCUGAUGUUCAAUAUGUUGCUCAUCAGGCACUGCAUGCAAAUGCACUUCCGGUGCUUGAUAUGUGUAAGCAAUGGUUGGCUCAGUACAUGUAAUCUAUUACUAACAGAAUCUAAGAUUGUCCAACAGGCUUCUUUUGGCCUAUUGAUGCACUAGUUGUCCAGAAAACUGGUGUUAGAUCAUUGUCAUUUCUCAAGGGAAGUGGAACGAACCAAAGCAAUGUGAAUCAAGCAUUAACUGUAAAUAUCAAGAUUUCAGUUUCUGGAUUUGCUGAAGCGGUUUUCUUGGUCUGAGGUAUAUACAAACUAACGUCCGAGUUGGUCCAACAUGUGUGUGGUACUGCUACCGUUACCAGGUUUGAAAGAUUAGUAGAGAAAAAUCAUCACAUGGCCUAAGCAGAAAUUGCUGAAAUUUUAUCCUCGAAUCUCACUGAAUUUGGGACCACCUGAAUGUCAACGAUGAUGGUGCGCCAAGUUGUUAAACACUCAAUGGUCUCUUUGGGCCAACGGAAAUUACUCUUUAAUAUAGCAUCAGAAAGUAGAAUUCUACAAUUUGUAGCAUAAUAUAGAUGAUUUAGAAUAGAAAAAUUGUACAUGAAUUUUGAGCAUUUGUCAAUGUAUCAAAGUUAGUUGUUGUAAAGGUCAUUAUUUUGAUUGUGUCACUCGAUAAAUCAUAUGAUAUCAACGUUAUUGAUCAUAAGGCGGAUCAUGUUUCGAUUGAUCUGCUCAUUCAAUUAUACUUGUCUUUGUCG